AUGGAGGUCCUGAAAGGCAUGGGCGGACGCAGCGGGUGGGCCAGGGGGCCGUGGCCCACCCAGAAAUUUGAGAUGUUUUUUGACUACCCAUCAUCUAACUGGCCCAAUUUGACACACAGUCAAGCCCCUUCUUCUUCUUUCCUCCGCAAUCCACAUCGACCGAUUCCUCGCAUUGCCACUUCUUCUCGAGUUCCUGCACCACUGCUAGCUACAAUCUCACCGCCCCCUUCUCCUCUCCCGAUGUCCACCACCGUGUGCUCCAUGUGCGGCGACGUCGGCUUCCCGGACAAGCUCUUCCGCUGCGCCCGCUGCCGCUGCCGCUCCCAGCACUCGUACUGCACCAACUACUACGGCGACGCGGCGCCAUCCGAGGCGGGCGCCGGCGUGUGCGACUGGUGUCUCAGCAACGAAGGCGCCCCCGCCGCGAGGAAGAACCCGUCGCCCAUGCAGCAGCGCGCCGCGGCGACCGGGAUGGGCUGCGGCAAGCUCAAGGUGGCCGCCGGCGGUGGCGAGCAGGAGGGCGGCCGGAGAGGCCCCAAGGCCGUCCGGAGGUACAAGCUCCUCAAGGACGUAUUGUGCUGA